GCCCCCACCCCUCCAUGGCUUCCCACCGCAAGCGCGCGGGGCCGGCGCCGCCCUCGCCGCCGUCGCCGCCGCCCUCGUCGUGGCCGGAGGAGCGCGGGGAGCGGGAGCAGGGCCUGUACAGCCUGCACCGCAUGUUCGACAUCGUGGGCGCCCACCUGACCCACCGCGACGUGCGCGUCCUCUCCUUCCUCUUCGUGGACGUGCUGGACGAGGCCGAGCGGGGCCGGAUCCGCAGCGGGCGCGACUUCCUGCUGGCCCUGGAGCGGCAGGGCCGCUGCGACGAGAGCAACCUGCGCCAGCUGCUGCAGCUGCUGCGCAUCAUCACCCGCCAC